AUGGAAGAGGUCAAAAUGACCAAUCAACCAUCAAAUUCCCCCCAGGAAGAAAUUAUGGACAUAUCAACUCCCACUCCUAAUUUUGAGAUGUCUCCAGAAUAAACAAUUUAGAAAUAGGAGAUGAGUUUAGUUCAGAAACUAAGGCUUGAUUCUUCUUAACACCAAUAAAAGUAUGUCUUUCAAGCUUUGGAUCUCAGAGAUAAUCAUGAAUAUGCUGUGAAGGUCUUCAUGUCUAGAGAUUAUCUUUAGUACAAAAUUGAAGUAUCAAACUACUAGAUGAUCAGAAUAAGCACAAACAGGUUGGUCUCCAUGCUUGAAACAGUUGAUAAAAAUCAAAUAAAGCACCCUCUUGUUUAUGAAGGCUAAUAAUACUGGAACUAUUCUUACAUUGUAAUGCCAUACUAUGAAAACGGGACACUUCUCGACCUUAUCAUGAAAUCUAACAAGCGAUAGAUAAAAAUGUCUCCUCAACUCCAAAAUUACCUAUGGCAAGAAUGCUUAAAGUGUGCAAGAGAUCUUACAGUCAAAAAUUUAUUGAGUCACUUGGAUCUUAAGCCUGAUAAUUUUAUUAUUGACAAUGACUACCACUUAAGGCUUAUUGAUUUCGGUCAUACCAUAAUAUAUGACCAGCCAAGCGAUUCUCUGAGCGGAACUCCGAAUUAUAUGGCACCAGAAAUACAUCAGCGAGAUAGGAGGAAGUAUAUUCCAUGGAAGGUAGACAUCUUCAACCUUGGAGUUAUACUGCACAUUAUUCUUUUCCGAUAAGCACCUUUUCAAAGUACAAGACUAUCUGAUAAUCUUUACAAGUACAUUAGAAGAGGUGAUUUCAAUGCAUUCUUUAGUAUACAUAGAGCAUCAGGAUAUCCUAUGGACGGUCUGAACCUCAUCUGGGACUGCUUAAAAGAAGACCCUGAUGACAGAUGUAAAUCAAUCGACUACUUAUUAGAGCAUCCAAUUACAAAAUUCACGAAUCCGAACUCAAACAUGAGAUAAAACACAUUCGACGAAAUGUCAUUUUUCUUAAAUUCCCAAUGA